CCAGAGCCCGCGCGGGUGAGUUCCGCAGCCAUGGUGGGCCCGGCCCUGGCCCCUUCCCCGGCCGGGGGCGUCGCGCUGGAGAACGCCAACCCGCUCAUUUACCGGCGCCAGGGCGACCGGCCGGUGACGGCGCGCGAGGAGGACGACGAGCUCCCCGACGCCAUCGACGACCGCGAGAUCUUCGAUCUCAUUCGGUCCAUCAAUGACCCGGAACAUCCCUUAACUUUGGAAGAGCUGAAUGUUGUGGAGCAGGUUCGUGUCAAAGUGAAUGAUGCAGAAAGUACCGUUUCAGUGGAGUUCACUCCAACCAUUCCUCACUGCAGCAUGGCAACGCUGAUCGGCCUUUCAAUCAAAGUGAAGCUGAUCAGAUCCCUCCCUGAAAGGUUUAAGGUGGAUGUCCACAUAACACCUGGAACCCACACCUCUGAACAUGCAGUAAACAAGCAGCUGGCUGACAAAGAGAGAGUUGCGGCCGCCCUGGAAAAUGCCCAUUUGCUGGAAGUGGUGAACCAGUGCUUGUCGGGGAGACCCUGACACAAAGUUUC